GACGCCAUUCUCUUGUCAUCAGACAAAAUCAAGUUUCACGUCUCAAAAGUCGUCCUGUCCAUCGCCUCCCCGUUCUUCCAAGACAUGUUUGGCCUCCCCCAAGCCCCUGAUAGCGAUCCUGAAGGGUCCGUGAUACCCGUGACGGAGAAUAGCUCGAUACUCAAUGCUCUACUUCGCAUCUGCUAUCCAAUCCCCGACCCCACCGUAUCACAGCCAAUGGACCUAUACCAACUCGUCAUCACGGCUGACAAGUAUCAUCUACCUGCUGUCACAAACUGGGCGCGUGAACGCCUGCUCGCCGUCGCGCGUGACCAGCCCCUCGCGGCUUACGCUGCAGCAUGCUGCCUAGGAUGGAACCCGGAGGCAAAAUUAUCGGCCAAAGAGGCACUUAAGUUUACCGUGGCCGAGCUAGAAGCGUUUUCGGAGGGAUCAGGGCUUGAGCUUGUCUCUUGCGAAUGCAUUCGUCGCCUCUUGGCGUACCACCGUGCAUGC